UGAUGGGUGAGAGGAUGAGCGCCAGGCGACAGGGGCGCGUCUGCUGCCGGCGAGCGGGGCUUUAGGCAGAAUGGGAAAGAAGCAAGUGCGUCCUCCGCGUGCUCUGCCACCUGUGCCAAGUAUCCAUCAAGAUGAUAUUCCACCUAGUCGUCCUAAGAAAAAGAAGCCCAGAACAAAAACCACACUCCCUAGUGCUUCUUCGGAAGGCCUUGUUCAAACUGCUGUUCAUAGGCCACCUGAAGGCAGUGAGCUACCAGCUAAAGAAUCCACAGAGCAUCUAGAGGCUCCCAUUCCACGGAGAAACAAGAAGACAAAGCUACCCCACGACUUGGAGACAUCUUUCACCCAUAAGAAGACAUCUAGUCCAUCUCUAUUACGAAAUGAAAAUGGUGUUAGUGUGCAGCCAAGUGAGGAGGCCGUUAUUCAAAAGCCUCGAAGGAAGAAAAAAAAAACACAACCAGCAGAACUACAGUUUGCCAAUGAGCUGGAAGUAGAAGAUGAAGACAUAAUCACUGAUGAGCAGAGUACACCAGAACAACAGUCUAUGUUCACUGCACCUGUGGGCAUUAGCCAGCCUGUAGGCAAAGUGUUUGUGGAAAAAAGCCGGCGAUUCCAGGCUGCUGACCGUUCGGAGUUGAUAAAGACCACAGGGAAUAUAGAUGUGGCAAUGGACAUGAAAGCCUCUUGGACGACCCGAGAUGUUGCGCUGUCAGUGCACAGAGCUUUCAGGAUGGUUGGUCUCUUUUCUCAUGGCUUCUUGGCUGGCUGUGCUGUGUGGAAUAUUGUUGUGAUAUAUGUUCUAGCAGGAGAUCAGCUUUCUAACCUCUCCAACCUUCUGCAACAAUACAAGACCUUAGCAUAUCCAUUCCAGAGUCUUCUCUACUUGCUUUUGGCGCUAAGUACAGUUUCAGCUUUUGACAGGAUUGACUUUGCUAAAACAUCAGUAGCAAUUCGAAAUUUUCUUGCUCUGGAUCCCACAGCUUUAGCAUCUUUCUUGUACUUUGCUGCCCUUACCCUGUCUCUGAGUCAGCAAAUGACAAGUGACAGAAUUCAUCUUUACACACCUUCUUCUGUGAAUGGUAGCCUCUGGACAGCAGGAAUUGAGGAACAGAUUCUGCAGCCAUGGAUUGUGGUGAACCUGGUGGUGGCCCUUCUGGUUGGAUUGUCGUGGCUUUUUUUAGCUUAUAGACCGAGCAUGGAUCUUAGUGAAGAGUUGAUGUUCUCCUCUGAUGUGGAAGAAUAUGCUGAAAAAGAGAAAGGAUUCAAAAUCUCUUCAUAAUACUAACUUACCUUCAGAGUAGUGAUGACGCAGUAGUUAGAAUUUUUCCCAUUAUUGUUUUUAAGUGUAUUUUUAUAAGAUAUGUACAAGUAUAUUUGGAAUUGAUUUUUUAUAUUAUACUAAAAAAUUUCUCAAGAUUAUGAAAAAUGGUAAACUUCUAUCUACAGUUUAUAACCAAAUCGUAAUCUCUGUAUAGCAUUAUCAUCAUAAUGACAAAGAAAAUAAAGAGCUAGGAACCAGCAGGUGAAAGUGCUUAUUUCCUUUUUCCUCAAAUUAGUUAAAUUUAUAGUAACUAUCUUUAAAUACACUAAUAUUGAAAUAGCCAUUACUUCAGUGUUAUAAAAUAUGUAUCAGGUUUGAACAUAAGGACAGGGAGAGAAAAGACCAUUUUUUAUGUCUCCUUACUGAAUAAAUUAAAAUAUGAAAUUUGUCUUUUUUUUAAACUGACUUAGUGUUUGUGUAUCAUGUAAUAACUAUAAUAUGUAACUUAACUUGA